UGUUGCUGCCGGGAAUGAGCGCACACUGCUCGGCUGUCCGCGCGGUGUCGUCCACUAUGCCGCGGGUCCGGCGGUGUCAGCUGUAAUGAAGCAGGGUGAUGUGUCGCACACUCCGCACGUACUCUUCUUCAUCCUUGCAGAACAUGGUGGCUGGUGGUUAGUUCCAACUUCGGACACCGGAGGGGCUUUAUUUCCUCGGCGAAGCGCACUGAAAUCAGCAGAGGGGUCCUGAGAUGACGGAGGUAGAGCCAGUGUUGGACUUUGCCACCUCGGGGCGCUCGGGAAGGAGAAAUGCCCUGCCUGACAUCCUGGGCUCGCCGGCAGGCGUGAACCCGGGCGACCUGCCUCUUAAGCUGGCUGAGAUGUCCCUCAAAGAUGGUCCGGGAGGGGCCCAGUCACCGACGGCGGAGGGGCCUCCGGCGGCGCCGGAGAGCUCAGAGGGGAAUGAGGGAUCGUAGGGACUCGUUUAUUUACCUCCCCGGAGACCAGCGAAAAGAUGACCUGAGAGACGGGACGAGUUAGAGGGCGAGCUGACGGAGAACGAGUGAAUAUCUGUGGAGAGUCAGUCUGUUUGUGAAGCAGCUGAGCCACGGAGCGACUCCCCGAGGACCGGAGCCAGGCACUCAGCACUCACUUAGCUAUGAACCAGUGAGUGAGUGUGUGUGUGUGUGUGUGUGUGUGUGUGUGUGUGUGUGUUAUACACUCACCGCGGACACUGAGAAUCAAAGGGACCAUGACAGAUUGUAUACUGUACACUAUUUUUGUAUGAUUUAUUUGAAAAAACUACAGAAAAAACAUGAACUCUUUAAGUCAAACUGUAGUGUGUACCCGUUCCUGCUGUUCCACAGUGAUGCGUGUUACUUUACUUUGAUAGCAGCCUGUAAUGUCUCCGAGCUCUUUAAUCCAGCGGGAUGCAAAGCGGCACACGGGGAUAGAUUUAAGAAAACUGGGAACUCUUUGUGUCGUCUUCUACUUUUACACGUAACGUGUAUGAUGUACUGUAUGUUUCCAGUCUGAGGCUGUUGUACAGUAUAUCUACAUGUUAAAUGGACAGUGUUCACGCCUCGCUGCAGACUGUUUGGAUCCUAGCAACAACCACCAGGGAUUGUAUCCAUUUUUUUUAGGUGUCCAUAUGUUGCGAGGUGAAAAGGUGGCCGUCCAUAUCGCGAGACAUUCCUUUAGAGCGUAGUGUCCCACUGCCAGCAAUGUACACGCUGCUUCAUUAUAAUACUUACCGAUAUUUCCUUUUGCUUUUAAAAGUCUCUUUACUUUCCAAACCUCUGACAAUGUGCCUAGUGGCAGUUCACAACCCGAGACGUGUGUUGUGUUCUUUCUCUGUGAAGUACUGUUAUCGACUUGAUAUUCCCUCAGUUUUAACGGGAGAUAUCGUAACACACCUUGAACUGUAAAUUAAACACUUUUGUAACUUUCUGCUGAGUUGCAUCUGCAGAUUUAGUCAGGAAAUGCGUUAACGUAAACUUCGGCAGGGCUUCUCGGGCUCCUCGCACGUGUGCUUCUGAUAGAGACGGCAGCAUAUGGCCGCCAACUGGGCACAGGAGCGAUCAACACUACCGCCACGAUGUGUUUCGAGUAACCGAAAAAUGGCAGCACACUCGCCUUCUGCCUCUCCGCACGGAGAAGAGUCUGUUCACACUCAUCAACACAUAAGCAGAGCUGUGAAUAGGAUGCAAGACGGAGAGCGAGAAACUGCAAAAGAGUGGACAUUUGUCAGCGAUCCGCGGACUGCUACUGUAUAUAUACUGUGUUGUAGUGUAACCCAUGUGUGUGUUUCAGACAUGCUGAUUACCAGACGUUCUUCACAUACUGUACCCACAAAGAAAUGGUGUUCUGUAAUUGUCUAUUUGAAGAUGUUUUGCCGGUGGAUUUGUCUUUAUGUGGAUGUGUUUCACAGAUGCAACAAGGAAAAGCCUGGAGAGCUGCUGCCUGUUUCUGAUGCUGUACUUCUACUAAUACUGACGACCAAGUGCACAAGCUGUACCGUCAACACUUUCUUUGGGGGUCGAUGAAUCAGAGGUGUAUUUUGUAGUGUCCCUGAUCUCUAAGUGGUGCGUAUAUUUUACUUAGCUGGACUGAAUCCUGUGUGUUGAUUCUAUCUGGUGGUGAAUAUUGCCAUAUUAAACCCACAAGCUUUACAUACAA